GAAUGUGAUUUGUGCAAUGUGUAUUGGAUAGACGUCGCCAAUAUUGGUGAGCGCAUGAGUAAGUUACGGCCGUGGCAAAGAAUAAAUCACUUUCCUGGAAUGAGUAAUAUUGCAAGGAAAAAUCGUCUGGCUCAGAAUCUCGAGAAGAUGCGUCGUGAGUUUCCAAAAGAAUACAGCUUUUAUCCUCGAACCUGGGUGCUUCCUUUAGAGUUGGCAGAUUUCCGAGCUCAAUUCGAUUCUAUGGGACGCUCGUCGCGUUUUUACAUCGUCAAACCAGACUCUGGUUGUCAGGGUCGUGGGAUUUUUUUAACCCAAGCCUUUGAGAGUAUUUCUCCGCUAGAACAAGUUGUGGCCCAGCACUAUAUACGAAAACCAUUUUUGAUUGAUGGAUACAAAUUCGAUCUGCGCCUUUACGUGUUGAUGACAAGUUGCAAGCCACUACGCAUGUAUCUUUUUCAUGAUGGUCUCGUGCGAUUGUGCACAGAGGAGUACCUCAAACCAAAUGCGGAGAAUGUUGCCAUGCGGUGCAUGCACCUUACAAAUUAUGCAAUCAACAAACACAACGAGAAUUUCCAAACUAAUGAAAAUGCGUAUGCAGGUAAUGUGGGCUCGAAGCGUUCUUUGCGCUGGUUCAUGGACUAUAUUGCUGCUGAGAAAGGCCAAGCUAAGGCCGAUGCUCUCUGGUGGCGUAUGGGCACCAUGUCGGUGAAGGUCAUUGUUUCAAUCUUGCCCACGCUAGUGCGAGAAUAUGAGUCUAUUUUCUUCAAAGACACUGGUGGUUCUCGUUGUUUUGAGGUUUUGGGUGUGGAUAUUAUUAUCGACCACGCACUAAAACCGUGGCUAGUCGAGGUGAAUCAUCUUCCCUCGUUUGCGACUGACUCACCUCUGGAUCAAAACAUCAAAUCUCGUGUUAUUGAGCAGACUAUAUCAAUAGUGAAAGCCAAGCCACACGACCGUUUUAUUUAUGAGCAGGCACAGCGCUGUAAGGCGGAGGAACGUUUAUACAAUAGCCAGUCA